CCAGUCAGCCAGUGAAGAGAAACCGCUGGCGAGACUUUUCAAACAGCAGCUCCGGACAGGAACAGACUAAACUACCCCCCCAAAACACCCCCCGCGAGCCGGUACGGUGGACUCGGCAGCCGAAGGACAGCACCGACUGAGCCCGGGCGACCGUUAAAAAAAAGGGAACCAACCGUCGUUUUUUUUUUUUUUUUUUUUUUGCGUUGGUAGUUGUUGUUGAACUUAACGGCUCUUUCCGCCGGCUGCGGCAGACUCCCACCCGGGGGUCGGGGAGCUCACCGCCGCUAGCUGCUCGCCCCGCGAACACCGGGGGAGAAGAAGCCGCACCUGUCCCCGGCUGUCAGCUACACUUUAACCCCCCCCACCCCACCCCCAACGGCUGGAACCUCAAGACGAUGCGCCGCUCGACCCCGGGGGACUUCUUCACGCCCGAGGGGUGUUUUUACCCCGCGCUACGCCGAGCGACCAGCUAGCCGACGCGGGUCCGCGCGAACAAAGUCGACGUGGAGGAGGACGAACUCAAGAAUUUCUUUUUUUCUUUUUCUUUUUUUUUUCUCCGGGGAGGAGGAAUUGUUGACGUUCUCCAAGCUGUGAUUUCACACGGAUUACUUUUUGUUUGUGUGCGCGUCGCCUCGUGCCAAGGUUACGAAAAGCCAGACAAGUUAAUUAUGUUUAUUUGUGGCCAGAAAGUAAUUCACAGUGUUUACAACUUCCACGGCGGCGUCGGGACUCUUUCCUGGUUCGAGCACCGCGACGCGAACAUUAGCUAACACAGACUAGCGCGGAUUAGCGUGUUGUGUUCACGUAGCGAGAUAGAUAGUCGGAAAUAUCUGUUGCCAAAACAAUUUUUUUUUUACUACAACAAUAUUGCAAAUCAGCUGUUGAUUGUGGGUUUCAUAGUUAAACCAACCCACAUAAAUAUAUAUAUAUAUAUACACAACCCCCACUACUAGUGAUUGACAUCACUGCAGGCUACACAGGUUUUUCCAGGUACCUGAACGCCCCCCUUUUUUUUACCUCCACUUGACAGUGAAGUCACGUUGAGUUGUGUUGCUCCAACAUCGUUAUUAUAUAUAUUAUAUAUAUAAGUAAAAACGGAGAGAUGUCGGGGCAGUCCAUCACGGAUCGGAUCGCAGCGGCCCAGCACAGCAUGACCGGGUCGGCCAUCAGCAAGGCCGUGUGCAAAGCCACCACACACGAAGUCAGCGGGCCCAAGAAGAAACACCUGGACUAUCUGAUCCACUGCACCAACGAGAUGAACGUGAGCAUCCCGCAGCUGGCCGACACGCUGUUCGAGCGCACCGCCAACUCCAGCUGGGUGGUGGUGUUCAAGGCCCUGAUCGCCAGCCACCACCUCAUGAUGUACGGCAACGAGGUAGGAGCGCACGCACCAAGCGACUAA